CGAGUGUAUUCUACCGCUACCGCUACCGCUACCGCUGCCCGUCCUCUUCCUUUGUCCUCGCCUGCCUGCCUCAACUGCCGAUUACCAAUCCAGAAACAAGACAGCUUGAGUGUCCAUAACAUCUCCUCGCUCCUGCAACAACGAACGAAGCACAUAGCACCAUGUCGGAACACAAGUACAAGUUCAAUGUCACCAUGACCUGCGGCGGCUGCUCAGGUGCUGUCGAGAGAGUCCUGAAGAAGCUCGAAGGUGUCAAGUCCUACGAGGUCUCUCUUGACAAGCAGACCGCCGAGAUCACGACCGACGACUCGCUCAGCUAUGCUCAGGUUCUCGAGAAGAUCAGCAAGACGGGCAAGAAGGUGAACUCGGGUGAGGCUGAUGGUGUCGCACAAGCUGUGUAAAGAGGAAGUGCAUAUAUGAGCCGCACUCUGGGCUGUUGUAUGGAGUAUAGCCAUAUGCAAGACCUGCGUCGGGACGAAAUACCAGGCAACGAACGACUUUGCAAGUAUGCAAUGCAGUCCAUUUGCGCAAGUGUGCACCAAAUAAUUCGGAUAAACACCCAAGCGGUCCAAUUUUCUCC